GGCGAACCAUCCACCCAUCCACGAUGCAGUACAACAACCUGGGCCGCUCAGGCCUCCGCGUGAGCCAGCUCUCCUACGGGGCAUGGGUGACCUUCGGCAACCAGCUCGACGUCAAAGAGGCCAAGUCCCUCCUCCAGGCGGCGCGCGACGCGGGGGUCAACUUCUUCGACAACGCGGAGGUGUACGCGAACGGGCGCGCCGAGGAGAUCAUGGGGCAGGCCAUGCGCGACCUGGGCUGGCGCCGCGCCGACGUCGUCGUCUCCACCAAGCUCUUCUGGGGCGGCCAGGGGCCCAACGACAAGGGCCUCUCCCGCAAGCACCUCGUCGAGGGCCUCAAGGCCUCGCUCAAGCGGCUCGACAUGGAGUACGUGGAUGUGGUUUAUUGUCACCGCCCGGAUGCGACCACGCCGAUUGAGGAGACUGUUAGAGCGAUGAACUGGGUCAUUGAUCAGGGGUGGGCGUUUUAUUGGGGCACGUCGGAGUGGUCCGCGCAGCAGAUUACGGAGGCGUGGGGCGUUGCGAAUAGGCUUGAUCUUGUUGGGCCUAUCGUCGAGCAGCCCGAGUACAACCUCUUCUCCCGACACAAGGUUGAGUCUGAGUUCGUACCUCUUUACAAUACUUAUGGCAUCGGAUUGACUACGUGGAGUCCUCUAGCUUCAGGAGUUCUCACUGGGAAGUAUAGCAAAGGGAAUAUUCCUGCUGAAAGUCGGUUUUCCCUAGAUAAUUACAAGAACCUGGCUAACAGGUCCCUCGUUGACGACACACUUAGAAAAGUGAACGGGCUGAAACCUAUUGCUACUGAGCUUGGCGUUUCGUUGGCCCAACUUAGUAUCGCAUGGUGUGCAUCGAACCCCAAUGUGUCCUCUGUCAUUACUGGAGCCACUAAAGAAAGCCAGAUUGUCGAGAACAUGAAGGCUCUCGAAGUCAUCCCCCUGCUGACCCCAGAGGUCCUUGAGAAGAUUGAGGCGGUUGUCCAGAGCAAGCCGAAGCGCCUCGAGUCAUACAGAUGAAGCGGUUUUUACAAGUGUGAGGGAUUUGGCGUUCACCUUGUGGAUUUUCUUCUAGCCAGCUUUUAUCUCCACUGCCCAAUUUCCUGAACCUGUAUGCCUCAGUUCCGUGUAGUCGUUUAUAUGCACAGCGUGUGAAAUAUUUCUCUUGUGGACAUGAUGAUACUUUGUUACAGACGUAGUCUGUUCCGUGUGUAUCUUGUGGAUGGAUGAAUGGAUGGCAUCUUUUGUGA